CCUCACUGUCUAAGCUCUUUUCCUACUGUUAACACCUUCACCUUGUGCAGAGCUUCCUCUGCUUGGAUUGUCACCAGUUCAACACCAUGCUGCUUCGGACUGCGGUUCUGCUGCUCCUAUGCGUGUGCACGGGCAUGUGUGCCACUUUAGGCCACUACCAGACUCAAGCAAAGGAAGAGGAGGAUGUCCCUGCUGUUACUGACGGGGUUUUAGCAGCUGCCUUUGUAGAUGCAGCUGAAGAAGCAGGAGCUCCUGCAGAUAAACAAGUAAAUGAUUUGCCUGCAGUUGAGGAACCUGCAGUUAAUUCCAUUUUUGGUGACAAUCUAUUGUCUAAAAUACUUGCAGCUGCUGACAAACCAGUGGUGGAUGUCCCAGUAGCAGAUAUUGCAACAGCCAAAGAGCCACAGACAGACAGUGAUAGGCCUGCUGGAGACGCCUCUGUUGUGGAAGCUCUAACUGGGGAAGCUGUCACCCAGGAGCAACCUUCUUCGGAGGCGGAGGAGAAUGACAUUAGACCAGCCGCGACAAACCGGUCCCUGAACGAGCCUUUGGCACACAAAGACGACAACAGCUGGAGCAUCAACUCCAUUAGAAAUAGUUUCCAGAGUGUACACGGAUACUUUGACUCCCUGGUGGAGCUGGUGGGGGGACACAAUGGUGUGUGUCAGUACCGCUGCAGAUAUGGUAAACUUCCUCAACCUCGUCCCGGCUACCAGCUCCCAGAGCCCAACGGCUGCAGCUCCUCUCUGGUGGGCUUCCAGGUGAAUGCCGCUCUUGACCUGGGGAUUCCUGCUAUAACAGAGUGCUGUAACCAGCAUGACAUGUGCUAUGACACUUGUGGCACAAGCAAGUACGACUGUGACUCUGAGUUUCGCUUGUGUGUGCAUGGCAUCUGCUCCGACCUUAAGAAGAGUCUGGGCUUUGUGUCGAAGGUGCAAGCCUGUGAUUCGAUGGCGGACGCUCUCCACAGCGCAGUGGGGACACUUGGUUGCAGGCCUUACAUGAACAGCCAGAGGGCGGCAUGUGUCUGUGAGGGAGAGGAGAGGGAUGAACUGUGACACAGAAAGACUAUGGACAAACUCCUGCCUGCUUUUACAGACAAAUAACAGAGGCAUGGGUAUUUCCAUAGGUUAUACUGUAUAUUUAUACGCUUUUUGUCAAAAAGAUACUUCACAAGAGCCCUCUCAAGAUUAACAGCUUGGGAAUGUAUAAAAAAAAACAUAAAUGGGGAAUGCAGAUGAACAGUUUUUUUUAAGUUUUAUUCACAGGCAGUACUAACACAUAUUAGGUAUCUGAAUAUGACUUUCAGGUUCCUAAUUAACUGCCCUAUGCAUGUUUUACUCUCCAUAUCCCAUUUCAUAUUUUAGGCCAUUUUUAGGCCUCUAUGACUCCAUUACCAUAAAUUACUGAUAACUCCAGACAAAUUGCCUGAUGGGAAGGAUAUUGUUGGAUUAAUUUCCUUUAGAAAGAAAGACAAUUUAUUUCCUAUGCUGCACAUGGUUUGUUGUGUUCUGCUAUAUAUCAAAGUAGUCUGCACAAACCUUAAAUCUGUGUCAUGUAAAUGUAAUACCUAUUACAGCUACUGUACUACAUUAAUGUUUGAUGUAAGUUAUUUGCCAGUUAUUUGUUAUGAAUGAAUACAUGACUAAUUGCGGUU